UACAAGCUCAAAAGGUUAGGGUUUUACUUGAGCUCAGCUCCUACUACUACUAGCUCUCACUGCAAAUCAAACAGUUUUACCAUGGUUCCAUCUCUAAUCGAGUUCACGACUUCCUCAAAUCCACCAAACUCCGAACCCCAAAUUAAGCUAAGCCCAUCAAUUCAGACCGUUGUAGAUGAAAUCCACAAGGAAAACCCCAAACUCUCUCCCUUGAUUCAACAAUUCUACCAACCAAUGCAAGCUCGGGUCGACCCGCCUCUCGAAUCCAUCUGGGUCUACACCGCAUUGACAUUUCGGAGCCGGAACCACCCGAAAGGCGACAUCUUGGACCGAAUCGCCGCCGCAAAGGACUUGUUUCAGCUGCUCUCCUCUUGCUCAGCUCCCUGCGGUUCCUCAAAGAGCGUCGCGCUGCUCGCUCCGGUGGUGCGGUUGGCACACGACGUCGUUUUGGAUUUGUUUAAGAGGGAGUUGGGGGGGUUGAAGAAAGAGAAGAAGGAGGUGAAGAAUUUGGUGGGAGUGAUUCUGAGGUUUAUAAGUGUGUGCUGUUCUAGCAGGGAUUCGGGUCAGGAGGAACCUUUGAUUGAUUCGAGUUCGGGUUGGUCUUUUUCGGGUUUAAGUUGCGUUUGGUUGAACAGAGAUGAAAAUGUUAGGAAUUUGUUACCUUUAGUGAGUGAGGAGGUGAUUGGUGGGCUUCGUGAGAGAGAUGGGGAUGUGAGUUACUUGGCUGGAGUUGUUAUUGCAGAGGUUUUUUUGUUGAGACUGUGCUUGAAUUGCAAAGCUGGGACUUCAGGGGAGGUGUUGGAGACAGAGUUGAGGACUUGGGCUGUUGGUUCCAUUACUGGGUUCCAGAAUGUUUACGUUUUCGAUGUCCUUUUGAGGAUGCUGCUGGAGAAGACUUUGCCUGUUACCUCCCUUUUGAGUUCUGAAGACGAAGUUUUGUUGAGGAAAGUGCUGUAUGAUGCCAUCAUAUUAGUUGAAUAUUCUUUCCUUAAUCCUGAGAAAGCAAUUCACAUAUCUGCUGAGCACAUGAAAAUUAUUGCCAUGCGAAGAUUGAUUCUUGCGCAUGAAGCAGUGGAGUAUUUUAGGGAGCAUGGUGAUCAAAGGAGAAGCAUCUCUUAUACAACUGCAUUUUCCGGUUCACAAUUGUAUUCCCAAAUUGUUAAGUGGGUAAAGAAUCAGAUUCCUGUGGAGGAUAGCUCAGUCAAAUCAGAGGGAACCUCACCUAAAGCUCUUAUAAAAUGGCUUCUUAACCUUGAGCGUCAAGGCUUCUUAGCGUUUGGUGAUAGUAUCUUGAAGUAUCAUAGUCUUGAUAUGUCUAAACCACCAGCUUCGAAGUUAGACAGCAAUGAAGUUGAUGAAGACCCUAUCUUCUACAUCGAUAACAAGAGGCGAGGAGAACAUACAGAUGAUGGAAAAGUUAAUGAAUACAUUAGUGCUGCAUUUUUAGCUGCUGCUAAUACAAUGACAUCAGCAGAGAAAAGAGGGAAAAAACGGAAAGGGGAAAACAGCGAGAGUGAAGAGGAGAGUUCACUCUCUGAUGAGGACUCGGAAUGAAAAGAACAUGAGAAAAUGAGAAUAUGCACCAUUUGAUGAGGACACAGAAUGACAAGAGGCACUAUAAUUUCUCAGGGAUGCUGUCUCGAGACUGGUGCUGAUGGUCUAGGAGUUUAUAUGAACGGCUAACAAUUUUGUAUUGAAAGUUUAUGAAACUAUAGCACUUUUGUUGUUGUUAGAUGAGGCCUGUACCAUUUACCUAUUGUUUGAAAGAAACUUCAAC